AUGGUUGAGGUGGGGUCGGAGUUUAUGACCCUUGCGAUGUUCGAUAUUGCUACUGCGGGGCAAAGAAGAGAAGGAGAGUUGAAACACAGCAGGCAAAUCAAAACUUUUCUCGCCACGAAGAGUAAUAAGAGAAGAAGGAUUGAAACAAACUAUGAAAAUCGAACCUUUUUCUCACCAUUCAAGGUCGAUCUCUUUCCACACCAUUCAACAAAGAUGACAGUCUUGGAAUCACCAACCGCUAUCGAUGAGUCUACCAACGAUAAUGGAACACUUUUCUCGGCACAUUUGAUGGAAAACAAUGGUGAUAGUGCUACCGAUCAACUUGUGCCUGUCUUUGACGCCUUGGAAUCUGAAAAUUUUACUCUCGGUUCAAGAUCCUCUCGAAGUGAUGCGAAAAAGGCAUUUGGUGUUAGUCAGCCUUCUACAUACGACGGAAGUGGGGAUGGGCCGCUUUUGUUAGCACUGCUGAUGGGAAAUAACAACAAUAACGCCAAUGCCGCGGCUCAGCCCGCUCCAGAGAAUGCUGUUUCUGAUACCUUGAAUCCUAACCAUUUUGCUCUCGAGCUAACCUCCGCUGAAAAUGGAGAAGAAGAAAUUGACAACAACCCAUCCUCAAUCGACGGCGAGGAUGGACCACUCUUGUUCGGACUCUUGUUGAACAAUCAGAAUAACAACAAUGGGACCGACCCUAGAUUGAAUAAUGCACGACCGAGUGAUACCUUGGAUCCGAGAGACUUCGCUCUUGAGUUGAAGACUGUUGAGGGUCAAUCCGCCGACGGCGAGGAUGGACCACUUCUCCUGUCACUAACUACCGUUAAGACCCCCACAAAAGCAUUCAGCGCUGUUCCCGACACUUUGGAUCCUAGGAGUGUUGCCUUAGAAUUGAAGUCUGCAGUGGCCAAUGAUAAUGUAAAUAUCAAUGAGUCAUCUGUCGAGGUCGGUGGUGAUGGGCCACUUCUAUUCGCAUUGUUAUUGAACAAUCAAAACAACAACAAUUGUAUCAGCAACAUUCCAAACAACAACAACAACAACAACAACGACAACAAGGGUGCCGAAUCCAAAAAUAAUAACGCGAUUUCAGAUACUUUGGAUCCCAGAAUUGUUGCCUUGGAAUUGAAGCCUGGAAUAUUUGAUGAUGUAAAUGUCAAGGAUUCAUCCGUUGAAGGCGGUGGUGAAGACGGUCCACUUUUGUUCACAUUGAUGCUCAGCCAGAACACUAAUCCUGAAGCUGGCAGAGCUGAUGUUGGAGCCAUACCAGAUUCGUUGAGCCCUACAGAUGUCGCUCUGGAAUUGCCAGAGUUGUAUUCCUCCGGGGAAACUAUCACUGAAGCGAUUCCCGAUGUCUUGGAGAUGAAAACUCAGUUACUAGAGUUGCAUCCUUCUAAAGAUGCUAUUACAGAAGCUAUUCCAGACGUUUUGGAGAUGAAGACUCAACUGCUAGAGUUACAUUCGCCAGGAGAUGACGAGGCCAAUAGCAUCCCCAUCAUGUUAAAGGUGAACUCUCAAGCUCAAAAAGCUCAAAUACUGGCAAUGCUUCAAGGUCGUUCAAUUCCAAUAGCCAUCGCUUCCAAUGGUACCAAUGGGGUUUUUGCGAAUGAAACACUUGACAGAGCGCAAGUCACCGCUGUCAAUUUGCAAUUCACGCCCCACGUUGCUCUCAACGAGGCGAAAUCUGGUAAUUUGAGCGACGAGCAACUACAGUUUUGGAGAGAAAAUGGAUAUCUCGUCAUUCCAGAUACACUAUCAGACAGCCAAAAAGAUCACUUGCUUAAGACUGUGCAUGAAGCAGCGCAAGUACUUGCUGGCGGCGGCGAGAGAGUACAGAAACAUGCCUAUCUCCCAGGACAGAAAUCUUACGUGAGUCCUGUGGGUCGAGCAAUCGCCACAUUGAGUGAACAUGGCUUCAACCCCGACGUCGAACCCCUAAAACGUAUCCAACGUAUCGGCUGCGGAAUCCACCGCGUCAUGCCCCCAUUCCGAAAAGCCAUCCUCAGUCCCUUCCAUUCCACACUCGCCAAAUCCCUCGGCUACAAAGACCCACGCAUAUACCAGAGUCUAAUCAUCGUCAAAGCCGCCGAGGUCGGUGCACGUGUGAUUCCUCACCAAGAUGGCUGUUCGGGAUUCACAAAUCCAUCGAGUUGUACGACUUUCUGGUAUGCGCUUGAAGAUUGUUCGACGGAGAAUGGGUGCUUGGCGGUCGCGCCGGGUAGUCAUCGUGUACAACCCAUUACGAGACGCUGUAUCACUAAUGGGAAUGGACAACCAGAGUUUACUGAUUUGGAAAAGCCGGUUUAUGCGCACAUUGAAGGGGUAGAUGAUUCGACUCUGCCAAAGAAGAAUGAGAAGGGAGAGUUUGAAUAUAAGAAGUUGGAGGUGAAAGCAGGAACUUUGGUAUUGAUGCAUGGUAAUCUGAUGCAUAAGAGUGAGGCGAAUCAAAGUAGUAAGAGCCGUGUUGCGUUCAAUUUUGGGGUCGUGGAGGGUGAACACGGGUGGCUAGAAGAUAACUAUCUUCAGCCCUGUGAAGGAACGACAGCGUUUGAGAACUUGUGA